GCACGUCGUCGUUUUGUGGGACGAGGUUAUCUGCGAGUCGUUGAUUCCGCUGGCGCAGAGGUUUUACUGUCCGUACAGGGACUGCUCGGGUUUGCUGAUGAAUGACGGUGGCGGUGACGUCAGAGAAGCUGAGUGCCCCUUCUGCAAUAGGUUGUUCUGCGCGCGGUGUAGUGUGACGUGGCAUAGUGGGGUUGACUGUGAGGAGUUUUCGAAGCUGAGGUUUGAUGAGAGGGGGAGAGAAGAUCGGAUGGUGCAUGAGCUUGCUAAGAAGAAUCAAUGGCAGAGAUGCCCUCGCUGCAAAUUCUUUGUUGAGAGGAAAGAGGGAUGCUUGCACAUCACUUGCAGGUGUGGAUUUCAAUUCUGCUAUGCAUGUGGGGCAGCUUGGAGUUCUACCCAUGGUGGUUGCCGGUGACCAUGUUGACCACCCAUCGGCCAUCACUAGU